UACAAUAAUUAGCGUAAAGUCAACUACGAAGUGCUAUGGCAUUCUGCCUUUAACUUGAAAUUUGUGAUGGAAUUGUAUCAACCCUUUGUGAAGGUGAACUUUUCUUUCCUACUUUAACACCUCUGUAGUUCUAAUCCUCGAGGUUGGUUUUGUUCCGUACCAAUAUCUUGUUUUACAAACGUAAAUUACAAUUAUGAGGUAAAUGGAUCAAACGGCAAGCUUGUUUACAUGGAAAGAUUUUGUUUCAUGCAGUAAUUCUACGAUUUCGCAUUCACCAUUUAAAGUUGUAGUUCAUGUGGAUCAGGAUGCGUUUUAUGCUCAAGUUGAAACAGUUCGCUUAAAAUUGGACCAUUCCGUACCACUUGCGGUGCAGCAAUGGGAUAAUCUCAUUGCUGUUAAUUACGCUGCUCGACCAUAUGGCAUUACCCGGUUCGAUACUGCUGAAAACGCGAAGAAGAAGUGCCCAGAACUUAACUUGGCCCAUGUUCAAACAUGGAAAGUUGGAGAGCGUGAACCAAAGUAUCAUGAAAAACCAGAAUGGGAAAGUCACAAGGUGUGCCUAGACAUGUACCGAAAUGAAAGCAAGAAAAUCUUGGGCAUUCUUUCAAAAUAUUCUAAACUCGUUAAAAAAGCCAGCAUUGAUGAGAGUUUCGUCGACUUGACCGCGGAAAUAAAGAAAAAGCUGAUUCAGGAUUAUUCAUUUUUGGGGGUACCACCCGAAGAUCUUUCUCUACCUCUCCCUACGGCGCCAACGGUCUUAUGGACAGAGGAAUUGGGCCGAGUUUUUGGUGAAGAAGAAGGUCUUCUAAGUGAAGCAAAGAAUGGAGGCGAUUGGGAUGAGGUCUUUUUACAUUAUGGAGCUCGCAUAGUAAAGGAAAUUCGGAAUGAGAUUUUUAACACUUUGGGUUACACAUGUUCUGCAGGCAUUUCCCGAAACGCUAUGUUAUCAAAAAUUCUAAGCUCAAAGAAUAAGCCAAAUAAGCAAACGGUACUGCUUAAUUCUAUGGUGGAUCACUAUUUAGCUGAUGUCCGACUUUCCGAACUACGUCUCUUUGGCGGAAAGUAUGGAGAGGAACUGGGGAAAAAACUUAAUGCUGAAUACAUAAAAGACAUUCGAGCAAUUCCGAUGGAUGAGCUCAUCCGUAUACUCGGAGACCGUGAUGCUCAGGUCGUCUGGAAUGUCUGUAAUGGAAUAGACAAUUCCGAAAUUACAAAUGUUAACAACACGCAGUCAAUGCUUUCUGCUAAAAACUUUUUGCGAAGCAAACUAAAAUCCUCUGAAGAGGCAAUGAAAUGGUUUCGCGUAUUUGCAUCAGACUUAAUGAGUCGUUAUAUGGACGUUGAACAGAUUAAACGACCAAAAACCUUUGUUCUCAACGUAGUCACAGGUAAUUUACGAAAAGGUCGGUCCAUUCCAAUAGCGCCCAGCGACGCCAUUUCAGAGGAAUUCGUCUAUAAUAAUGCUGCGAAACUAUUGGCUCAACUGGCAUCAGCUUAUGAUAUAUUUCCAAUUGUUCAUCUUUCCGUUUCCUUUCGUAACUUCGAGGACAGAGAUACAAAAUUGCAAGGCAUAGAGUCAUUCAUGCAAUCUCUCACGCAGCCCAAAAACAUAGAGAAAGUAUCGUCAAGUACAGAAAAAGGCAUUGGUACAGAGGACAAUAAAGAAGGAACUGAGUGUGUUGCCAACUCUUCAAGAGUUGAGUUAGAAAAGAAACGUUUAAAAACCAGUAAAAAUAAACCUUCCACAGGCAUCAUGUCGUUCUUUGAAAACUCCAUGAAGACAAAGUGUCGAGAAAUACCGCUUGAUGACUCUGUUUAUUACUGCGAAAAGUGUUCGACGAAUAUUCCUUGGGAGGAAAAGCAAGAGCAUGAUGAUUAUCAUUUUGCUCUUGAGAUAUCAAAAGAGAGUGAUGAAGUUCCCCCGGCAUCGUCAUCAAAUAUAGUUACUUCUUCUUCUUCCGACUCGACAAAUGUAUCACGUCCACGAACGUAUGGCCGGAAAACUGGUGACACUCAUGCGAAACCAACAUUUGCAGAUACUGCUCGUACUGGUCAAAAACGAGCGUUUAUGGAUGCAUUUCUUUCUAGCGCAAAUAAUUCAAAGGGCUUGCUCAAAAGUCGAGUUUCUGCGAACGAUCGAAGGCAUUCAAAAACAAAUAAUGAUAUGGAACAAUUACACAUUGACCUAGUGAAUGCUCGACAAACGUGCCCAGAGUGCUACAUGGAGUAUACUCAAGGUAACGAAGAUGAUGAAAAUCUGCACAGCAGGUAUCACUCCAAAAUCGUAGAAGGUCUCCAAGUGAAUUUUACUAUCGAUCCCGUGUACACUUCGUCGGCAUCAUCUGCUGCUGAUAAAGUGUACUUAAUCUCAUCUUCUUGUAACAUUAUGGAUCAAAAGAAAGCCGAGGACCUUUUGAGUUUCGUUAAUUCGCAGCUCUCUAGUUCCGAAAUGGAAAUUAUUGGAAUUGAUGGAUAUCAAUCUUACUUGUAUGUACGUCGAAAACAUUGUAUUGGAUUUCUUUUAGUUGAAAAAAUUGAGAAUGCAUAUACUGUGCCAGAUACAGAGCCUUCUCUAAAUGAUGCGUCCUCUGCUGUUGAGGUUAGACCUGAAAAUAAAAGCACAAAAUUCGUGCUCGGAAUCAGUCGAAUAUGGGUAAAUCCCGCUCAUAGGCACAAGGGUAUCGCCUCUAAGCUAAUUCAGUGCGCCAGGGAAAACUUUAUAUACGGUUAUCAAAUUCCUCCGACAGAGAUCGCAUUUUCACAACCAAGCGAAAGUGGAAAACGGUUUAUAACUACGUGGGUUAAGCAGCAACGGAUUUUGUUUCCUAACACUUCUUUCGCCGUUUACGACAAUUAGGCUUGGAGUUGCGUUGUGAUACAAAAGUAAUGAACUAUUGAAAUGAAUGUUUUAAAAAGUUACAAUAAAGUAAUAAGUGGUACAGAAGGAGGUUGGGGAAUAGUUGAGAACAAGUUCCCCAAACCCCCUAAUAAUGGUUACAAUAGCGAAACGGUAGGCUCAAUCACAGUUUCCAAUGGGCGAAGCAUUACAAAGCAAGGGACGCUUUCGGUUAAGUUCUUCCAGAGAAGAGAACACAAUGGGAAACACUUUUUCCUUAACAUCUUUCGCCCACAGCAUGUCCAAAUGUUCAUAACCGUCAAUACCAAAGUCUUUACUUUGAGGAGGCAAGGCCGCAAGCAUGAUCUCCAUGUCUACAAGCGUAUCUUCCUUUCCCCAAACAACAGUUAUAGGACACUUGAUGUUUCGUGUAGGAAAGUGUGCAACAUGAUAAUGACGACUAUCGUAUCCACCGAUGACUUUUAGAUCAUCAUCGUACAACUGGAACCUGGAAUUUUGCAUAAUUUGAAGCCAAUGGACACAACUUUUUACACUGGAAAACGAGUAUAAGUGAGCGUAUCCACAGAUCUUUUGCUCUUGGGUGAUGUUGGCCAGAUUCCAGUCAAACAGCAUUUUUAGGGAUAUAUCAACAAUUUUCAUAUAAAUCGGAGGAUCUAAACAAUUAUAUGUUAGGGUUAAGAAAGAAAUUAAAAAGAACGUACAGCAUAUGUUUUGCCAGAAAGUGACCGAAGGUAGCAAACAGCCUCUUCCAAAGAGACGAAACAUGAUUUUAGGAUUCACCUUUACCAAGUAAUCAAGCAAUUCGUUUGAAAAACCUUUGGGUGUAAAGGCGGGUGCCAAGGCCACAAACAGAUUAAUCUUUUCGUUAAGUGUAGGGUUAAUACUUAAAGCAGCAAAAGCUUGAGCUGUGCCUUGGGAAAAGCCAACAUAGCUCAGAGAUUUUUCCUUAGUCGCGCUUAAUAUGUAGUUGAUAGAGUUGGGGAUGUCAAACAUGGCCAUGUCAUCGAUACAAAAGUCCCAAAACUCUUCAUCGUUAGGAGAAUACCGAACAUGCUUACGACUAUAUUUGUUUCCGCGAUUGUUACCAAGCUGCUCUUUGUUAGCAAAUUCCUCAAGACAUUUACAACGGAGAUUCUUCAAUUGCAUUUUACAUGAAAUUGAAAUUUCAAUCUUCGUCCACUGUCAUCUUCCACAUACCCAAACAUCGUAUCCACGAUCUACCAGUGCAAAAGGUAAACAGUUACUUGCUUUAUCGACAGCAACCCAAAGCUCGGAAUUGGUCAUUAAACCGUGUUGAAAAUAAACAACUCCACGGUGUUUCCCGCUGGUGUUUCUGAGUUUUGGAUUGACGAUAUGAUGGAGGCAAAGAACAAAAUUAUCUUCUGUUCUAACAAGGUGUUCCUCGGCAAUGUACCCAAACGCUUCGCAAAUUUCAUAAAUAUUUCGGCAUCUCUGUAUGACACCCGUCAUCCCAGAACCGGAUUUCGAGAAAAUAAAAUAAUCGUACAGAGUACGGACUGCUUUACGCAUCCGCCCACGAAUAACUCGAGGAAUAAGAGCUAGAAUUAAUCGGAAACAUAACUCCACGUAAACUAAGAACCAGGCGAGUACUACACUCGCAUAAUCUCUG